AUGAGUGUUGUAGGUUCGCUAAUCUUCUGUCUAGACUGUGGUGACUUGCUUGAUAAUCCAAGUGCCGUACAAGGUUCUGAAAUUGAAUGUCAACAGUGUCAGGCAAGGUAUCCAAAAUCAAAAUUUUCCAAUUUGAAAGUGGUUACUUCAACAGCUGAUGAUGCUUUCCCCUCAUCAUUAAAGAUGAAACAGUCUGUCGUCAAGACAUCAAUUGGUCGUGAUGAUUUGGGUGAAGGUGCCACCAUUAAAGAAAAGUGCCCGAAGUGUGGGCAUGAUGAAAUGCACUACCAUACUCUGCAACUACGGUCCGCAGAUGAAGGUGCUACAGUUUUCUACACUUGUACCAGUUGCGGAUACAAAUAUAGAACAAAUAAUUAG